AUGAAACCCUAUUCGACGCAGCUGAACUACGACCGCUCCUUUCCACCUGCAAACUUGCUCUCGCAGACCCCCGAUGCAAACUCUGCCUCUUUUCCGAAACCGACAACAACGGAUACGAUCCUCCUCCCGUUGCACCUUCUCGCGCCGACUCGAGAUCUGGAUGAGAAAUGGGAAUGGCAAUUACUGGAGUCGCCUGCUGGUCGGGUCUUUGUCGAGUGGGUAUGACACGAGUGGAAUUCGAAGGGUUCCACAGUCGCACGGCACUGGGACGUCGAGGUCGAAGACUCGCGAGACUAGAAUUAUUGGUGCCAACGGUAUCUGAGCGAUUGCGAAAAGGGGACGGAAAAUCGGUAUUGGCGCCAACACUCAAUGCGUUACGCAGAUUCCAGCGCGUAUCUUCUGAAACCCUUAAUUGGGGUUGUUGGUGCUGGCGCUGGCGCUGACUUUGGGGAGAUGAGGUGGUGGAUGAGAGCGAGUAGGGAGGUUGGUAGGUUGGGGAAGGGAUUUGAGGACGAUUGAUAGGCGAUGUUGGGCCAGCCGCAUUGGAAGAAGGCGAUAGUGAAUGGGAAUAGGAAGUGGAAGUUUUAGGCGUGUGGUGAAGAUGAGACGCUACGGAGGUUGACGGGUAAUGAUUAUGCGAAGAAGAAGGUCCCGCCUGUGAAGCCGUUGGGGCGUUUGCGACGAUUGUCGCGAACGGGGCGGGGAGGUGAAGGGAGGUGAGGGUGAGGGUGAGGGUGAGGGUGUAGGGCUGGAAGGAUGACGAUGUCGUUUUCUCGAGGGGAGAGACAGUGGUCGACUCGAAGGAAUGAGAAGGUCGAGAUCCCUCUCUCGAUGGUGGUGAGUCGAGGGAUACAAGGGCAGCGACACCAGUAGCAGCCUCUGGAUGGCGGUGGAGAGGUCGAUUGGUGGUGUGCAGGGCCUGGACCGGGGCUGGUUAGGCUUAGGCUUCCCCGUGGGUGCAGGUAGAGGUGCAGGUAUAGGCGCAGCGUACAAGUAUCGGCGGUAAGACCCCUUUUCGGGCUGCACUGGCUGCACCGGCUGCAGCUGUUUGGACGGGCGUGGCGGAGAGCGACCUUUAGCGAGUGCAGGUGGCUGCCAAGGGGGUGAGGAAUUGGAGACCCCAAAGAAAGCCGACGACCUCAAAGCUGUGUGAGAUGAAAUUAGAAAAACUACCGGUGGGUGUGGCGCUGUCGAUGGCGACAACGAGUGCAGAUAUGAUGAUGUUGAUGAUGAUGUUGAUGAUGAUGUUGAUGAUGAUGUUGAUGAUGAUGUUGAUGAUGAUGUUGAUGUUGAUGUUGAUGAUGAUGUUGAUGUUGAUGUUGAUGUUGAUGUUGAUGUUGAUGUUGAUGGCGAUGGUGAAAUGGUCGCAGUUACAAGUGGGGAAUUCAAAGUCGAAAUAGUGGGUGUUGUCAAAAUCUCCAUCAUUUCUGACGAUGCUAUGAUUCCAACAAUUCCAACAUGGGGAAAUGGCGAUUGGUGGAUGAAUGAUUUGUAG